AUGGCGGUGGAAGACUCGGACCCAGAGGAUGCCAUCACCCAAGACGAGAUCCAAGGGACAGCUCCCGCGCCGUCCGCCCCACGGAACGCUUUCGCGGAGCUUAUGGCCCGAAAGCGCAAGUCCGAACCGGGCCCUGAACCAUCCAAGUCCUCCCGUAACAAGGUCUCCCGAAGCCGCGACGGCCUCGGCGCAUACAUCGAGAAUCCAUCUGCUUUCCCCGCCUCGCGUGUUAUAUACCACAACGACGACUUCGUCGCCAUAAACGAUCUCUACCCCAAAGCCAGCGUACACACGCUGUUGCUGCCCCGGUCCCCAAAACAUAACCUACUCCACCCAUUUAAUGCGUUCGAGGAUGUCGAGUUCCUCGCGUCGGUGCAGGAGGAGGUGCUCAAGCUCAAGGAUCUCGUGGCCAAAGAGCUGCAGCGGCGGUUCGGCAAAGGAAGCAGGGCAGAGGAGGCGCGGGAGGCCGUACUAGACGGGCGCGUCGAGCCGGAGGGUGGAGAGCUACCCAAGGGUCGUGACUGGCACGCCGAGAUCAUCACGGGGAUACAUGCGCAUCCCAGCAUGAACCACCUACACGUCCACGUGCUCUCGCGGGACAUGUACUCGGAGUGUAUGAAGCACCGCAAGCACUACAACUCCUUCAACACCCCGUUCCUAGUCGAUGUCGCCGACUUUCCACUAGCGGCUGACUACCCUAGGCGCCACCCUGGGCACGAGGGAUAUCUCAUGAAGAGGGAUCUUGUUUGCUGGAGGUGUGGCGAGAACUUUAAGAAUCAGUUUGCGAAGCUCAAAGAGCACUUGGCGGUCGAGUUUGUCGAGUGGAAAGGGGAAUAA